UCUUCGUCUUCUUCGUCUUCGUCCUCGCCAUCAGCACUCUACACCAAGCACCCACGAGUCCAGCGACAUGAAACUCCCCUCGCACCGUCUGUGGGCCCUGCUGCCCCUUGUCAGCACCGUCGUCCGUGCCCAGGAAGGUGGUCUUCCCGCAGGCAACGUCACCAACAACGCAAACUACCAGUGUCCCCAGGACACCUGCGUCCCGCCGGCCUGCCUCUGUGCCUCGCAGUCGCCGCCGGGCGGUCUCCAGCCCAAGCAAGUCCCGCAGUUCAUUACCUUGACUUUCGACGAUUCGGUCAACGACGGCGUCAUCGACGUGAUCAACAACAUCACCGCUGCCCUCAAUACAAAGCCCAAUCCCAACGGAUGCAACCCGGCCGCGACCUUCUUUAUCUCGACCCAGUGGACAGACUACUGGUCGGUCCAGAGACUCUUUGGCAGCGGGCAUGAAAUCGCCGUCCACACCAUGACCCACGUCGCCACGCCGCCCCUCAGCGAGAUUCAGGGCUCGUUCAAGGCCGUCAAUGCGUUUGCCGGCGUCCCUGCCAAAAACAUUGUCGGCUUCCGCACCCCCUUCUUGGCCUACGACAGCAGCACCUUUCAGAACCUCAAGACAGCCGGCACCUUCCUGUACGACUCGUCCAUGGAGAUGAAUCCCAUCAACGGCUACUGGCCGUACACUCUCGACUAUGGCGCGGCCACCACCUGCACAACAGGGCCCUGUGCCGGCUCCUUCAAGGGCCUGUGGGAGAUUCCGCUCUAUUCCCUCAUGAAUCCCGACGGCACCGAAAACGCCGCCAUGGAUCCCAAUCCGGCCCCGGGCGCCGUCACCCUCACCCAGAGCGACAUUGUGGCCCUGCUCAAGUACAAUUUCCUCAACCACUACAACGGCACGCGUCUGCCCUUUGGCAUGUACCUCCAUGCCGCUGUUGCCCUCCCGACGAUAGAGGCCGUGCGGCUGCCUGCCUACAUCGAGUUCAUCCAGUGGACGCAGCAGUUUGACGACGUCUAUUGGGUCAGCAACCAGCAGCUCUUGUCUUGGAUGCUCAACCCGACGGACAUUGAGCACAGUCUCGUGAGCCACUCGCUCGGCUGCUUUGCUCCCGCCACGGACCCGUCCAAUGUCGAGAUCUGUGAUGGCAUCGACAACACUGGCAACGGCAUCGUCGAUGCCGGCCUCGUCAGCGACUGCUACUUUCCCAGCACCCAGUCCUCCUUCCGAACUUGCUUCGGCUGCCCCACCAGCGACCCAUCGACGUCAAACCCAGUCCCUGGCUUCCAGAGUCCAUCGACCGCCGGCAAGUUUGUUCCCGACACCGGAUGUUUCAACCAGACCUGGGAUCCCAAGACCGGCACCUGUUCCCCGUUCACGAACGUCCAUGUCGAGCCGUCGCCCAGCUUGCGCCCCAAACCCACCACAACCUCGGGUACCUCGGGAUCCUUGACGUCGUCACAGCAGGGAGGUGUUGGAUCUGCCCUGGGUGGUGGUGCCAUUGCCGGGAUUGUUGUUGGUGUUGUGGUUGCUGUUGCCGUCGUUGCGGCGGCUGUGGUCUUCUCAACCCGCCGAAAGCGUCACAGCGCCUCUACAGAAACCUCGAUCUGA